AUGUCAUCAAUCGCAAAAACUGUCAUCGCGACAGGCACCUCGUCGGGUUUGGGCUUUGAAGCAAUUAAGCAGUUACUCCAGCAGUCACAGCCGUACAGCUUCAUUCUGGGCGUUCGUGAUACAGAAAGGACACGUGUCGCGUACGAUGAUCUGAAAUUUGACACUUCAAAGCACAGCGUCUCUAUCUUGCCCCUGGAUCUACUGAAUCUUAAGAGCGUGCAGUCCUUUGCCAAAAAAGCACUCUCUGAAUUGGGCCAAAGGCCGUUGAACUACCUUUUCCUCAUUGCGGGCUUCGUUGCCAGCGCUGAUGGACCAGGACCUCAUGGCUCGCAAUGGUGCGAACAGUACGUGGUGAAUCAUCUGGCCCAGCAUUAUCUGACACACCAAUUUGCUGAGACCUUGUCCGCCUCGCAAUCACGUAUCGUCAUUGUAUCUUCGGGUGCAAUUCGUAAUGUGAGAAACGGCGACCCAAGCACUCUUGACGUUGACCUAAAAGCAAACUCCGGUGCGAACGCAAGAGUAGCGUACAGUGCAUCGAAAUUCACCCAGCUUCUGGGUGCACACUACUGGCGGCGCAACCUCCCAAAUUGCAAAGUAGUGGCUGUCUCACCGGGUCUCAUCCCCAACACCAAGCUUGCCCAGACAAACUUAGGAUUGACCAUGGAUAUGCCCGAUGCGAAGACCGUGCCAGAGGGUGCCCAGAAUAUCCUCCGCGGUGUCACCAUCGAUAAUUUCCCCGCUGAUCCGGAACAGAUUUUCUUGACUAGCUGGGGUGAAUGGUGGCCCAAGGAUGUCUAUGCUUCAAGUCUUGAUCCUGCAUUGCAAGAUAAGUGGUGUUUGAGCAAGGAGGAUAUUGAGAAGUCCGAGCCUGUGUUCAAGGAAUAA